AUGGCACUUCUGCAGUUUGUGAGUGCUGGUAUCGGAAAAGUCGCAAUUCCCACGACCAUUCACACCGACCAUCUUACAAUGGCCGAGAAGGGUGCUGAGAUAGAUCUGGCAGCCGCAAAGAUUAAGCACAAGGAGGUCUUUGAGUUUUUGGCUUCAGCGUCUGCGAAGUAUGGUAUUGGGUUUUGGAAACCUGGGUCGGGAAUUAUACACACGAUUUUGUUCGAGAACUACACUUUUCCUGGAGGUUUGCUGGUUGGUACGGAUUCUCAUACGCCAAACGCCGCUGGAAUGGCCAUGUUGGGUAUUGGAGUGGGAGGCUCGGACGGUGUGGAUGCAAUGGCUGGAAUGCCAUGGGAGCUUCCAUGCCCGAAAACACUAGGUGUGCGUCUCACGGGAAAUCUGACAGGCUGGGCAAGCUCUAAAGAUAUUAUCUGCAAGCUCGCUGGAAUGGUUUCUGUGACUGGCGGGAAGGGAAAGAUCGUAGAGUUCUUUGGCCCGGGAUGUGCGAACCUAAGCGCGACUGCAAUGGCUACGAUUGGAAACAUGAGCGCGGAGAUUGGAGCAACUUCUUGCUUAUUCCCAUAUUCGGAGGCUAUGAAGCAGUAUCUCGAUGUAACAAAUCGGGGCAACAUCGCAAGAGCAGCAUCGCAGUCUCUUAAUCUCAUUACGCCCGACGAAGGCAGCGAACGGUUUUACGAUGACAUCGUGGAGAUUGAUCUCGAUACGCUGGAACCUCAUAUAAAUGGACCAUAUACCCCAGAUCUCUCCCACCCAAUGUCCAAAUUUGGUAAAACUGUCAUUGAGAACAAGUGGCCUACCGAGUUAUCCGCGAGUCUUGUAGGAAGCUGUACCAACUCCUCCUACGAAGAUUUGAUGAAAGUCUCCAGCCUUCUCAAACAAGCCGCCGAUGCAGGCCUAAAACCGAAAACACACUUCUUCGUCUCUACAGGAAGUGAACAAAUCAGAGCCACUUCCGAAGACGCAGGCAUUCUUGAUGUUAUGAGAGACUCUGGGGUCAUUGUCCUAAGUAGUUCCUGUGGUCCAUGUGUGGGCCAGUGGAAUCGACCACAGAUUCCAAAAGGAACCCCGAAUUCCGUCAUCUCAUCAUUUAACCGCAACUUUACAGGUCGCCAUGAUGGUAACCCAGGCACACAUUCCUUUGUCACAUCUCCAGAAGUAGCGACUGCAUUCGCAUUUUCUGGUUCGCUAGACUUUAACCCUGCAACCGAUUCCAUAACCACUCCCUCAGGAACUCCAUUCAAAUUCUCCCUCCCAGAUAGUGACGCUCUUCCGUCCAUAUUUAACCCUGGCGAGGACCUCUACCAAACGCCUCCACCACCAUCCGAAGCCCAAAAUGUCUCCGUGGCAAUAUCUCCUUCAUCCGACCGCCUCCAAGUUCUCGAGCCUUUUGCUCCCUGGACGAAAGAUCAAGCUCUAAACCUACCCAUCCUCUUGAAAGUCAAGGGGAAAUGUACUACAGACCACAUAUCCCACGCAGGUCCUUGGUACGAUUAUCGUGGCCAUCCUGACAACGUAUCCAACAACAUGCUCACGGGCGCCACGAAUGCAUUCUUACCCUCUCACCCACCCGGUAUCGCAGAGCACGUCGUAACUGGGGAAAUUGAUGCAGUACCUGUCAUCGCACGCCAAUACAAGGCAGCCAACAUCCGGUACUGCAUAAUUGGCCACAACAAUUACGGAGAGGGCUCGAGUCGCGAGCAUGCGGCCCUGGAACCUCGCUACCUCGGUGCGGUAGCAAUCAUAGCAAAUGGAUUUGCGCGAAUCCACGAGACGAAUCUGAAGAAACAGGGCAUGUUGCCGCUCACUUUUGAUGAUCCGGGGGCGUGGGAGAGGAUCAGAAAAGAUGAUUCGGUUAGCAUUUUGGGUGUUGAAGAGAUCAAGCCGGGUCAGAAGUUGGUGGUGGAGGUCAAGAACAAGGAUGGAUCUGUGUGGCAGACAUUGGUCAGCCAUACGCUCCAUGCAGGGCAAAUUGGGUGGUUGAUGGACGGAAGUGCGUUGAAUUAUGUUAAGAAUAAUAGGCGAAGUAGCUGA